CCGGCAGCGCGGAGCUGAGCUCCGCUCCUGCAGGAGGGUUCUUGCUCGGCGCGGCUGAACUCCGCAGCCCAGUCCCUGUGCGACCCGGCGGGCCAUGGCUGCCGCAGGGGUGUAGAGCGGGGUGCCCCGGCAGGAUGUCGGGGAGCGGCGGCGCGCUGCUGUUGCUGGUGGCGGCUGCGCUGCUCGGUUCCCCGGGAGGCGCUCAGCCGGCGGGGGAAGCUGCUUGCCGCCCGGUCCGUGCUGCUUUCCAGGUGUUGCAGCCCGGAGCCAAGUGGGUGCCCGAAAGCCCUGUGCCAGGGUCUGAUCUGCAAGUAUGCAUCCCAAAGGGCUCCACAUGCUGCUCCAGGAAGAUGGAGGAGAAGUACCAGGCCACAGCCCGCCUGAACAUGGAGCAGCUGCUGCAGUCUGCCAGCAUGGAGCUGAAGUUCCUGGUCAUCCAGAAUGCAGCUGUCUUCCAAGAAGCCUUUGAGCUGGUCGUACGGCACGCGAGGAACUUCACCAACAGCAUGUUCAGGACCCACUACCAGAGCAUGGGGCCCAGAGCUCUGAAGUUUGUUGGAGAGCUUUUCACUGACAUCUCUCUGUACAUACUGGGCUCUGACAUCAGUGUCAACAACAUGAUAAACGAGUUUUUUGAUGGUCUCUUCCCUUUAGUUUACUCUCACCUGAUUAACCCCAGCCUGCCCGAGCCCUCCGUGGAAAUGACCGAGUGCCUACGGGCAGCCAGGAGAGACCUCAGAGUCUUUGGUAACUACCCAAAGGUGAUGAUGACCCAAGUGUCCAAGUCCUUGCAGGCCACUCGAGCCUUUCUGCAGGCCCUCAACCUGGGCAUCGAGGUGAUCAACACUACUGACCACUUAAAGUUCAGCAAGGACUGCGGGCGAGCGCUGCUGAGGAUGUGGUUCUGCUCGCACUGCCAGGGGCUGCUGCUGGCCAAGCCCUGCGCCGCCUACUGCAGCCUGGUGAUGCAGGGCUGCUUGGCUGGGCUGGUGGAGAUCGAUAAGCACUGGAGGGAGUACAUUGGGUCUCUGGAGGGGCUGACCAGAGGCAUGCGUGGCCUCUACGACACGGAGCACGUCCUGCUCAACCUCUUCUCCCUGGUGCGGGAAGCCAUCGCCCACGCGCAGAGGAGCGACGCAAAGCUCGCCGCAACCCUCAGCCGGUUGUGUGGCCACGCUCAGCAGAGGCAGCACCGCUCAGCUCCUUACCCUGAAGACCUCUUUGUUGCCAAGAAGGUCCUAAAAGUGGCUCACAUGGAGCAAGAAGAGACUUUGUCGAGCAGGAGAAGAGAACUCAUCAGGAAGCUGAAGUUCCACAGCAGCUUUUACAGCAGCUUGCCAGAGUACAUCUGCAGCCACAGCUCUGCUGUUCACAACGACACUCUCUGCUGGAACGGACAAGAAGUCGUGGAGAGGUACAGUCUCCAAACCAUGAGGAAUGGAGGAAAAGCUCAGCCUGGCAACCAUGAGGUGAAGAUGAAAGGUCCUGAGCCAGUGAUCAGCCAGAUUAUUGACAAGCUCAAACACAUCAACCAGUUGCUCAAAGGGAUGGCUUUGCCCCACCAAAGAGCUCCAGGCAAGACCUCGGAGGAGGAGGAGGAGGAAAGCGGAGACUGUGACGAUGAAGAUGACUGCAGCAGAGGCUCUGGGGACGGAGAGCUGCGAGCGAGGAACCAGCUCCGCUUCUUAGCAGAGCUGGCAUAUGACCUGGAUAUGGAUGACACCUCUGCAACCAAGCAGCUUCUGAACCAGCAAAGCAAAGACAGUGCCACAGUCCCCAAGAGCACAGGUCCCCACCCCAGGCCUGCUGCUGCCAUUGCCCUGGUCCUUCUGCUGCCGCUGGGCUCCUGGCUGUGAGCGGUGCUGCUGGCAUCAUUUGAUGUCUCUCCAUACCCUUUUUCUUUUUAAUGAGGAAGACAUUUGGAACCUCUUCUGAAAUAUAUGCACAUUUCCAAAGAGAGGGCAAAUGGCCUGAGCUGGAUUUGUAGCUGAUAUGGCAUCUCCACACCAGAACAACCUUCCAAGCAAAGCGUUUGCUCGUGGGAAACGAGGAAAUCCGUAGCAGGGCUGGGUAAAGAUGAUCCUGCUUGACAUCAGGAGGUUCAUAACAAAUUGUGUUCCUCACAGUGUUUGAAGGCUGAGGUCUCCCUUGCUGUGAAGCUGAAGAUCACAUUUCACCUGGAGUUGCUGGAGUGUGCUCAGGGUUAUGUCCCUGAUCCAUGAAAUGCUCCCAGGAGCUCUCCUGAGCCUAGCUGACUGCCUAUGGAUUUUGUCUGUAGUUCAAGCAGGUUGGUUUUUAACUUGGCUCACCCCUAGGAACCUGCCCAGGCAGACAGCAUGGAGGGUGUGUGAAGACAGAAGGUCUGCCAUGCAGCAGGAGGGAAGAUGCUGUCUCAUCCUGGAGGAGGAAUGUCAUGAAGCACACCUGCGCCGUGGCGAGCUGCAGGCGAUUUUGCUCUUCGCCUCCCAGCCAGGACCUGUUAAGCCCUUCAAGUGCAAGUGGUUGGUCUCCACCAGCACCCCCGUGGCUCAUGCUAGGCUCUGGUUUUAUUCUUCAGAGGUGAAGCAGCUCCUUUCCCAGGGGAAAGGUGCACAGCUAGCUAGGGCCCAGGGACAGUGGGGUGGAUGUGCACACCGUGCGCUGCUGGCUGAGCAGCAGGCGGCCAAUGCGGUGUGCUGCAAGCCAGGAAGAGAAGAGGAUUUGCAGGAGCCCCAGGCAGGGCAGACUCUCACUCAAGUGUUUCUUUGCAUGUUCCUUUACUUAAGCUAUCUCCAAAAUAAAGAUUGGUUGCUCUGUAAGCAAGGGGCUGUAA